AUGGCGAAGCGCAAGUCGAUGAGCUCCAAGAUGGCUCAGCGGAAGAAGCCAGCGUCCAAGCUGGACACGGCCUUCUGCUGCCCCUUCUGCAACCACCCCGGCAGCGUGUCGUGCACCAUCGACCUCAAGCUCUACGUCGCCACCGCCGUCUGCUACGGAUGUCAGGAGUUCUACCACACCACGGCGCACCACCUCACCGAGCCCGUCGGCAUCUACCACGACUGGAUCGACGCCUGCGAGAUGGCCAACCAAGGCAUCAAACUCCAAGCCCGACAGCGGCGAGUCGGCUGCGACGACGACGACAGCGAUGCCUGA